AUGUUCGACUGGGAUGAUGUUCCCGAUGAUAUUGCCAACUACGUAGCCGUGGAGCAGCUCAGCUCCGAGGAAGAGACUACUGAAGUCCAACCUGCAGCGGAGCCAGCGAAGGAAGAACAAAGGCUUGGCUAUGAGCUGGAUGGUGUCACCCUUGCACCUUCUGAGUGCACGUCCUCACUGGUGCCAAUGGAUGAUGAGAAGUUCUCUUCAGCAGAGCUUGAGACAGUUCGUUGGAUGAUGCAGAAGGUGCUGAUGCGGCAGGACAUGUUCCUGCUGGGCCCUCCUGGAUCGCACCUUUUCUGCACAGCCUUAAAGACAUUGACGGAAGCAUAG